GGUACUUGCUUGCUUCGUAGCAUAACAAACGACGUCGUGUUCGUGAUCGGUCCUGACGAAGUCUAUGAACUGUUUCGUCAAUGGGGUUAGGUCUCCGGUGAAUCGAAGAAUUUCUCUGCAAUUAGUUUGCCCAAAACGAGAAGCUUCUCUCCCCCCCCCCAAAAAAAAAAAAUUAUAGAAUCGAUUCACCAUUAAGAUUCUGGUAGCCUGUGGAUUUUAUAUAUGUUUGUGUAGGUAAUCUUUGUCAGUUGGAGAGAGUGAGAGAGAGAGAGAGAGAGAAUGGGUAGAAUAGCAGUUGCAGUAAUUGUUAGCUCAUGGGUCAUCCCGAUUUCUAUACUUGUCAAUCACAUUGUUCCUGAACCCUACAUGGAUGAGAUAUUCCAUGUUCCUCAGUCCCAACAGUACUGCAAAGGCAAUUUCAGAAGUUGGGAUCCUAUGAUCACCACUCCUCCUGGCCUGUACUUUCUUUCACUUGCCCAUGUUGCUUCUUUGUUUCCAGGCAUGUUUUAUAUGCAAGCAGCGUCGUCAUUUCAUCAUGUCUGCUCCACUGCAAUUCUACGCUCAACAAAUGGUGCUUUGGCUAUAAUCUGCAGUGUUCUGGUUUAUGAGAUAAUCACCAGCUUGAGGCCAACCCUUGACAAAAGAAAGGCAACUCUUUAUGCUGUUGUUCUGGCCUUGUAUCCCCUUCACUGGUUCUUUACUUUUCUUUACUAUACAGAUGUAGCCUCCCUUACUGCAGUUCUUGCUAUGUAUUUCAUGGGUCUGAAGAAGAAUUACCUAUCCAGUGCAUUGCUUGGGGCUUUGGCCGUACUCAUUCGACAAACAAAUAUUAUAUGGUUGAUUUUUGUUGCAUGCACUGGGGUUAUAGAUUUUACUGUGGCUCGGCAAACAGAUAACGGGCAGGUAGAUGACCCUAGUGCAUCAAAACCAAACAAUGGUCUGUUAGCUUCUAAUAAAGGUGUCACCAUGAGGUCCGAGUUGAGAAAGCGAAGGCCUGGUAAUGCUGCCAAUACAAUCAACCAUUCCAUUCCCAGAACAAGAGCCCCUUCCACGCGACUGCCCUCAGACUUGUUUGAUGAUAUUCAAGGCAUCUUAUUAACAUCCUGGCGUCAUAAGUGGGAGCUUGUGGUUUCCUUUAGCCCCUUCUUUGUAGCCUUGGUGGCUUUUGUCGCUUUUGUUUUCUGGAAUGGCAGUAUAGUUCUUGGUGCAAAAGAAGAUCAUGCAGUUUCUCCACAUUUUGCACAAUUAUGUUACUUUAGUCUGGUUUCUGCUCUGUUUUCGGCUCCUCCGCACUUCAACUUUGGUCAAGCUGCAGUUCUGGUUCAGUCAUUUUGGAAGGACAGGCCACUUCGCAUCUAUCAGUGGUUUAUGGCAUUUGCUGCUGGCGUCCUCUCAGUGCACUUUUUCAGCAUAGCUCACCCAUAUCUCCUUGCUGACAAUCGACAUUAUCCGUUUUAUCUCUGGCGAAAGGUCAUCAAAUCUCAUUGGUUGACGAAAUACCUUCUUGUCCCCCUGUAUGUUUAUUCAUGGUUUUCCAUCUCCAGUACCUUGGCAAAAGUUCAAAAGAAGAUCUGGGUGUUGGUAUAUUUCUUAGCUUGUGCUGCAACUCUUAUUCCCGCUCCACUGAUAGAAUUCAGAUACUAUACAAUACCAUUUUUCUUCUUACUUCUCCAUUCCCAUGUUAUGGAUGACACAAGUUGGCUUCUCAUGGGGAUCUUUUAUGUUGCCAUCAAUAUAUUCACAAUGUUUAUGUUCUUGUCUCGACCAUUCUCUUGGGACCAUGAGGCUGGGAUACAGAGAUUUAUAUGGUAGAUGAAUGCAUCGGAAUUCUGAAAGCUUCACAAGCUCUUUCAGUUAGUCACAACCUCAAUCUUGAGUAGCAUCAACUAACCCAAAGAUCUUGGCUAGUUGAAGCAUUUGAAACAUGACUUAAGCACCCGAAUAAUCGAUAGUGGAUUGCAUCGCACCAGAUAAGAAAGGGAAAGUGUUGCUCCAAAAUCUGCUGGGAUCAAGAGAAAUGUCUCAAUCGAUCGACAACUUUUCAGGCGAUUAUUGAAUAUUCCCGGGAUUUUAUAUUUUAAGCCCAAACAGAAAGAAAAGAAACAGUCGUUUGGCUUUUAAAUUAUUACAGAGAGUGUUUUUGUUUUGGAGGGAAUCAGUCAAAUAUGGGCAUAUCUUAUUCUUCAAGCUGAUUUCAGAACACCAACCGAGGAUUCUCUGGACUGGACGGUCUUCUCUUCAAACAUAAGGCAGAAGAAUGGGUUGUGGGUCCUACCCCUCAACUUCAACCAAGAAAAUUUCCACUCAUUAUCGAAGUUAAUAGUAAUAGGAUUAUUUUAAAUCUUUAUUAGCGGUGCAUA